UCACUAACAUAUCAUUUCAUAGCCAAAGUAUUCCAUAGAAGCUCUGUAUAUUCUAAGAACAAUGGAGUCAAUGAUUUUGUUUUACAAAAUUUCCUUCUUUGCGGUACUUCUCGUUUCAUCGAAUAUAUUUGCUGAAGCGGGAACUGCUGGUGUGAACUAUGGAAGGAACGGGAACAACCUACCGUCCCCGACUGAAGUCGUUAAGCUCUUAAGAUCGAGAAACGUAGACCGUAUUCGUCUUUUUAGUCCAGAUUCUGAUGCCCUAAAUGCCCUACAAGGGUCGGGAAUCCAAGUUGUACUUGGUGUUCCUAACCCAGAUGUCCAAAGGAUAGGAAUUGAUCCAGAAUUCGCCAGAAACUGGGUUAAUAACAAUGUGCUUGCAUUCAAUGACGUCCAAUUUCGAUACAUUUCAGUUGGAAAUGAGAUCGAAAUUCCUAGCGCUGCAGCGUCCAAUGCCAUUCUUCCCGCUAUGAAAAAUCUCAAUGAUGCACUUACAGCUGCUGGGAAAACAAUUGCAGUAAGUACAACUAUCAAGUUUAGUUUGGUUGAAGAAUCGUCCCCUCCCUCUAAUGGUCGAUUUUCCGGUGGUUCUGAGAGCAUAAUGAGAUCAAUAGUGGAGUUUUUAGUAGCCAACGGGAGUCCUCUCCUCGUAAAUAUCUAUCCUUACUUCGCAUACAAUGAUAACCAACAACAAAUACCGUUGGAUUAUGCAUUGUUCACGGCAGAUAGAGUUGUCGUAACAGAUAACGGACUGCAAUACAUGAACCUGUUUGAUGCUAUGACCGAUGCAGCAUAUGCAGCGAUCGAGAAGGUUGGUGGAUCUAAUGUCGAUAUUGUCAUCGCCGAAAGUGGAUGGCCAUCCGGUGAAAAUGGAAACAUUGCAACAAUUCCAAAUGCUCAAACAUAUGUUAAUAAGUUGAUUUCACACGUAUCGGGAACAUCUGGAACCCCUAAGAAGCCAGGGAAGAGCAUAGAGACUUAUAUAUUUGCCCUUUUUAACGAGAAUAUGAAGGACGGCCUUCCAACUGAGCGACAUUUUGGCUUGUACUUCCCUGAUAUGACAGAAAUCUAUCCUGUUAACUUCCUUUAGGCGUGAUCAUAAAAUUUGAAGUAUUUUCCGUGUACGCUAAUUCAAUAAGUUUGUAUCUGCUUAAAUAUAUAAAUGAUGUAAUAAAGGUAAAAGUUACCUCUGAUGAGAUGGUAACGUGACAUCCAUAUCCGGGUGCAUCCGUUACCACCUCCUGUUUAUCCCUUCAAUUGUGUUUUAAUAUUGUUGCAUUCAUAUUUAUGAUUGUAGAUCAGGAUAUGCAUGAAGAAACGUGUGUAAUAUUAGGCGAUGGCUUCCUUCUUGAAUAAAAAAAUACUCAUGACA